AACAUUAUCUAAGGACUGUACAGUACAGUGGUAAUUGUCUUGUGUUACAAUUGCAGGUCAAUGGCAUUGUGAAUUUAUGUACAGUAUACGUGUAGUUGGCUGGACAAAGAAAAGUUUAUUUAUACAGUCUUAGAUGUUAAUGGGUUGGUGGGUGUACUCUACUUCAACAAGAGGUGUCUAAUGAUUGUACUCAUGUUCUCCUUCAGGUGGAGUUGUUGAAGAUCAAAGACCGUCGUCUACCUGUCUCAAAGAAGGUUGAUUGUCCUGCAAAAAUUGUAAUGAAGGAUAUUGUGAAAUUUCCCGCAUUUAAGGUGGAUAAACAUACUGUGAAUGCAAAGAGAAUCAAGUCCCUCCUUCUCCGCCUCGCACUGAAAGAAAACACAGCUUAUGGUGAACGCAGAAUAUACAUCCAGCUACCAGAGGAGUCAGAUCAUUGUAAUCACAAAACUCCGGGUAGGAAAAGACCUCGGAGAUCUCGAAAGCUGAAGGACAACACGAAGACUGAAUGUGUUCCUUGCUUAGACUCAGACUUAAAUGACUCACAAUUUCUUAACACAUUUAGAGUCACAAAAUCUCUAUAUCAGUUUUUGGUGGGAGAGUGGCAGAAGGAAGUGGUGGAGAAGAUGGUAGAGGCUGGAGUGCCUGUGGCUGAGUUAGAACAAUUCGAACAACACGUGUUGGCUGCUUUAUACUAUUUGGGCUCUGCUGAGAAUAUAGCUUCAGCAUCUUCAAGGAUAACAAUAGCUGAGGUUAUCAAGCAUGACUCAGGGUUCCCCGGAGUAUUUGGAGCCAUGGAUGCAGCUCUUGUUCAAAUGCAGACACCACUCAGUAAUGAAGAACAGGAUUACUGCUAUAACAAUACUCCCUCUGGAUCCAAGUGUGCUUUUGUCUUACAGUUCAUAGUGGACCACAGACUACAUUUUCGAGAUAUUCAUUUGGACGCUCCAACAACUGGCACACGUAUUCAAGUGUUUCAGGAAUCAGGAGCUUGGUUUCACUUGCAAAGUCUAACAAGUUCAGAAACACACAUUGUUGCCCCAGCAGUAUACCCGCUAGCACCAGCCAUCAUGACACCUCACAUGACGGAAGUUCUAUCAUACCAAGAAGCCUUGUUUAAUGAAAACCACAGAGAAGCUCAUAAGUUAGCAGUUAAUGCCAUGACCAUAUUCAAGUCAAGAUUUAAGCGGAUGCAAAAGUUGGACCGCCAUGUCGACAAUAACAGAAAGUUUGUGAAGGCUGCCUGCAUUCUCCACAACAUUGCUCUUAUGCAUGAAGAUGAAACAGUAUUGGAUGAACUGUCAAUGGAAUACAACAGUGAAGCAGAUGAGGACGGCUGGCACAAUGUGGGCCUGGAUGAGGUGGUGGCAGAGUUUGGCAUUCUCGGUGGGGAAGAGAAGAGACAUUAUCUCACAACGGUCAUGCCUGCACGUAGUGAUGCUUCCUUGUCUUAUGUACAGUUUCCACCAAAUAUUGACACUUGAUUUUGUGUUUUCUGUAUUUUUUAUUCCCAUAGUGAUACUGUACUGUAUAUGUAAGUAGAUUAUAUAAAAAAUAUUAUUUUUGUUAUUAAAUUAAUUGGUAUUGUAGUACAGUACUGGUAAAUGUGUGUAAAAGGUGUAAAACUAUAUAUACUGUAGAAUGUUGUAUAAGAAUAUUGUGGUAAUUUUCUAAUUUCCGUACAGUUAAGAAUUAAGACAAAUUUUGAGUUAAGUGAAAACGCUCAGAGGUUUCAACAGGCAUAAGUUCUGAAGACAAGCGUUAUCUAUGAUAUUAUCAAGAGUCAAGACAAAAUCAGAAAGUUUUCCAGUGAAAAUGAAAGAGAUACUUCUUCUUUGAAAAAUCUUCAAAUGAGAUAACAAUACUUCUCCAAAGCUUAAAGUUCAUAAUUUUAAUCCUCUCUCAUGUUCAUGGAUAUUUUCCUGUGUUUUUGGUGUUUAAUGCCUUUAUAUUUUAUCAUUGUCUUUCAUCCUAAAUGCCUUUACUGUACAGUAUAUUUAAUUGAGGAAUUUUUUGUGUACAUCAUAAUGCUGUAACUGUUCAUAAAAUAUAAAAAGUAUUUAGUUGGCACAUAUUAUGAAAAACUUUGUUUUAUCAGAGAAUUGCUUUUAUUGCACACCCUUCCCCCAGUUAGUCAAGAGUUUUUGAAGUUUUAAUGUACAGUACUGUAUUUAGAUCAAAAUCCUUUAAACCACCAGGCAACUGCAAAUGCCUCGUCACUUCAGUCAGAGCUUACAUGUCAGCUCAUGCCACUCACAGUCUGCCAGCAGGAGGUUACUCUUAGGGAGGAAGGGAUGUAUUAGAGGCUGUAAUUAGAUGAAAGGAAGUGUUUUUUAACUGAUCAUAACACUUGUGCUGUUAAGUGUUAGAUUUAUUCAACUUGUUGGAUCAGUGGUGGACUGUGGUCUUUGUACAGUAGAGACAAAGGAUUAUUAAUUUCUGACUGGAAUAUCACUCUGAGAACACAGGUAUUAAUUUGAUUUACUGUAGUUCUAAUUCGUCAUAGGACUGCACGACUGGCAUCAGGUUUCGGUGGCAUAACGGGGACCUGAAAACAAAACAAACAAAACUUGCAUUCCCAUCACUCAAGUUCGAAGAACUGGUACAGUAUACACAAAUAAUAAGUUAGAAAAUAGAAACUGCACUUCAUAAUUUAUACAAUAAUAAAGUUUUUGCUGUCUCCAUACAUUACUUGCAAACAAAAUACAUAAGAAACACAAAAAAAUAUACUUGUACAACUUAAAUUACCCUCAAUUAAAUUUCUUAGCUUGUGUACAGUACAGUAAUACCCUGAUUUACACGGUCAAUUGAACCCGUGGGAGUAGCGCGUAAAACGAGCGUAAAUGGAAUAACAGAA